UGGAGGACACUAGUUUGCGUUUUAGGAAGUGGAGAACAGCAGUAGCAAUAGCUAAACGUUAGAGAUUUCCGAUUGUUUUCGAAGUGGGGAUUAAUAACCUGGGUGGCAUCCUGUUUAUGUUGUCUUCGCUUUUGUACAGAUACGGGUCCUCCUGCAACCGCAAAUUCGAAUUUGAUUGUUUGGAGCUUGUUAACUGUUGGAGACGCGAAUACUCCAAAUCCGCUUUGUGCUUCCUGCAAAUAAUUUUCUGGAGACAGUUUACGAGCUAACGUUCUUUGAAGGUUAGCAUUGGCUAGCCAGCCGUUGGCUAGCUAUUUUGGCAUCGACGUGAAGGAAAACAUCUGUGCAAGUUCUCCUGAGAAAAAGUUAAUAACGGUUAGCUUGUUAGCUAACUGACAAUAAUUGAACUGACCACAGCAAGCGGUACGUAUUAAUGGGUGCUCACAGGAGUGAAGGGCGGAGAGACUGGCUUCAGCAAGAUGUUGCAGAACAGCAGGUCGCAAUGAGUCCGUGGAACGUCAUGAUUAAACAUCGGCAGGUCCACCGCAGGGGCCGGCGCUCACAGAUGACCGUCAGCUACACUGACCCUGUGCUGUCCAUGGACCUUCUGAGAACUGUGCUGCAGCCCAGCUUCAACGACGACAUUCUUGCAGUCUUUAAGAAGUACAUGAAGUUUUUUGAGAAGGCUGCCAGCAAUGUGAAAGAGAACGUCGGUGAGGAGGUGCACACGGAGCAGCUGAUCAAAGAGGCUUGCAGAAACUGCUUGGAGCAUGCAAAGCAGCUCUUUCCCGACUGCCAGAUUGCCAGAUCCGGUCCUGAGCCCACAGCCAAGCGCGCUCGGCCGGUGGAGGAUAACUCCAGCCAGAGGGGCAGUCCCAUUCCCAAGAAGCGGAAAGGUCGCCCUCCCGGUCCAGUCACUGUUUAUGAUCGACCCGGUUCCUUCACCACCCCAGCCAAGCCAAAGACGAGUGAGCCAGUAAAACGUGAGGGACCCAAGUGGGACCCUUCCAGACUGAAUGAGAAGAGCACGUUUGUCCUCGGCUCAAGGGCAAACAAGGCUUUAGGGAUGGGCGGCACCAGAGGGAGGAUUUACAUCAAACACGCUGACCUCUUUAAGUACGCUGCAGACGCACAGGACAAGCACUGGCUAGCAGAAAGGCAGCACAUGAGGGCUACAGGAGGAAAGAUGGCUUACCUUCUCAUCGAAGAAGAUGUACAGGAUCUUGCUCAGAGUGACGACUACAGAGAAUGCCCUGAGCUGAAGCUGGACGAGAUGAAACCGUUUGCGGUUCCGCUGUGGAUGAUCGAGAAGAUGCAGAAAGCCAUGGAGGCCCAGAGGUCGGAGAAGGAGUAGAUUUUUACGUCACAACUUGGACAGCGCAUUGUAAAGCUUGAAGUCAGAGCCUCUCUACCACUGUCGCAAAACACAGCAAAACUUCAUCCUGCAGGGAUUGUGCCAUGAUGAAAACCCAGUGCCAUUUCAUACAAAAACGGAAGGGGGCUGUUGUGUAAGCAAAAAAAGAUGUAUGUACACAUUUGUCUGUAACUGUUACACAACUUUUCUUUUUGUUGUUGUUGUAUUUCCAAAAAAAAAGAAAGAAAACCGAUUGACGUACUCAGGCUUGUCAGAGACAUUCAAACGGUAUUUCAGGCAAAAAAGGCCAACUUGGAUGCCUUGCGCGUUGGUUAGUUACAGUGAUUCGAUUGAAAAAUUGUCUAAAUAUGGUCUCAAAUGCACCAGCUUUUCUGAUCCUCUGGAUAAUAUGGUACAGCCCGAUCAGGUUUUCUGUGGCGCAGCUGUCAUGCGCUGAAUAUUUGCUUUGUAAUGGAAAUGCUUUGUCUUGGUUUUGUACCACUGUACUGCCCCGUCUCCAGUAGUAACAGACAUUGGUUUGUUUUUUAAAACGGUGUGUAGGAGUCAUCUUUAGUUCAGGACCGAUUUAUUUUCAGGACUUGUUUGUCUGCAAAUGUCCUCGGAGGUCUUGAGUAUUCUUGCAGACAAUUAGCUCUUUGUGCUUUAAGGGAUUUUUUUUGUUUCAUUUUUUUUAACCAUUUUAUUGUUUUAUAACUUAAAAUCAAAGCAGUUAAAAUGGGCUGUAUGUGAAAAUGGCAUAUUACUGUAUUGGAUUUGAGCAACUAUUAUGUGCCAUGUGAUACGUUAGCUCGAUUUUCAUUUCUGGCGUUUGUGUCCUGAAUGCCAUUUCUGUGUUAAAAAGCCAUCCAUUGCAGUUGUGUCAUUUUAUUUUUAUUUUUAAAUGGCUAUUUUAUUUUUAAUCGCCAAGAUCUGCAUUCAGGAAAAUGUUAUUUUGUACAUUUUUGUUUGAGCUGCAUUUUAAAGCAGGAAGUAUGAUUUGCUCUCGAGCUUUCGAUGAGGCAUGAACUGAGACUGUUAUCAAUUAUUAACAGCAAUAUUAACUAAGUAUUAAAAACUGUUUUUGUUUA